AUGGCGCAUAUUCUAAAUCUUGUUGUUCAAGAUGAUUUGAAGGUGUCUGCUGUGUCUAUUGAACGGGUUAGAAAAGCAGUUAAAUACAUAAGGCUGUCUCCUGCGAGGUGUAAGAGGUUCCAAGAAUGUUGUGAAGAUGUUGAUAUUAAUUGUAAAAAAUCUUUAUGUUUGGAUGUUUCUACGAGAUGGAACUCCACAUACUUGAUGAUAAAUAGGGCUAUUGAGUUUGAAAAUGCGUUUUCCAGUUAUGUUGCUCGUGAUAUUGGCUUGUUACAUUACCUUCAGUUUGUUGAGGAUGAAGAUGGAAAGGAUGAACAUGGAAGCGCUGUUGGUGCCCUUUUGAGUGAUGACUGGGACAAUGUAAGAAAAAUUGCUAAUUUUCUUCAAAUUUUUUAUGAUCUUACCAGAGAAGUAUCUGGAUCACACUACGUCACAGCAAACUCACAUUUUCUUAAAAUUUGUGAGGCUUCUUGUUAUUUGAAACAAUUGAUAUCGAGUGAAGAAGAUAAUGAUGAUCUUUUGGGUAAAAUUGCUUCGAAUAUGAGAGAAAAAUUUGAUAAGUAUUGGGGUACUCCAAAGAAGAUGAACAAGAUGAUUUUUAUUUCUUGCAUUUUGGAUCCUCGUCACAAGUUUGUUUCAGUUGGCUUUGCACUUCAAAUGAUGUUUGGGAAAGAAGGUCCAAUUUUAGAGAAUGGAGUUAGAGACUACAUGGAUUUGUUGUUUGGUGAAUAUGUAAAGUCCCUUUCUAAAGAUAAAGGCUGUCAACACUCUUCAUCUUUAUCUAGUUCUUCAUUUGAAAAUUCUAGUUCACUGCUUUCAAGUUCAGGUAGUAGUGUCCAAUCGAUAGGAUCUUUAGGGACAUUCAUGGGUGAUCUAAUGAAACAUAAAGCUGAAAAUACAACAACUGUCAAAACAGAAUUGCAAAAAUAUCUUGCUGAAGAAAAUGAAGUUGAAAGCAAGAACUUCAACAUUUUGUCUUGGUGGAAAAUAAACUCACCUAGAUUUCCCAUUCUUGCUGAGAUGGCUCGGGAUGUGUUAGCUAUUCCUGUUUCAAGUGUGGCAUCCGAAGUUCAUUAA